UCUUGUCUUUUUUUCUUUUCAUUUCGACAAGAAAACUAAAAAAAAAACAGACAAAAAGACAAUGGAAGGAACAGUCAAUGUUCUUUCAAACUUAAGCGACAUAGAACUACACAACUUCUUGGUCGAUCCAAACUUCGAUCAGUUCAUAAACCUUAUUAGAGGAGAUGAUCAAAGCAAUAAAAACCCAUCUCUUGAUUUCGAUCUUGGUGGUCCUUUCCAAAACAGUCCAAGUUUCGUCGACGAGAACCAUUUUAUCCCAACACAUGUCGAUGAUCUUUUCGAUGAACUGCCUGACUUGGACUCCAAUGUCGCCGAGUCCUUCCGCAGCCUCGACGCAGAGAGUGUUAAAGCAGGCGGUGACGACGAUUACAACGACUGCGAAGACUCUUCAGCCACCACGACGCAUACUGAUGGAAGCCGUAAGACGAGGACAAAUCGGUCGAAAACUUUGAUCUCUGAGAGGAAAAGGAGAGGUCGUAUGAAGGAUAAGCUCUACGCAUUGAGAGCUCUUGUUCCUAACAUUACUAAGAUGGAUAAAGCAUCUAUAGUUGGAGAUGCAGUGGCGUAUGUUCAAGAACUGCAAUCACAAGCCAAGAAACUCAAAGCCGACAUCGCUGGCCUUGAAGCUUCUUUAAACUCUACUGGAGGGUACCAAGAACCUUCACCAGAUGCUCACAAGACUCGUCGCGGUUUCAACCCUCCUGUUUCCAAGAAAAUCAUUCAGAUGGAUGUUAUACAAGUAGACGAGAAAGGGUUUUAUGUGAGAUUGGUUUGUAAUAAAGGAGAAGGUGUUGCUCCAUCACUCUACAAGUGUUUGGAGUCUCUUUCAAGUUUCGAAGUGCAAAACUCCAAUCUAAGCUCUCAUUCUCCUGACACAUACCUCUUGACAUAUACAUUGGAUGUUUUACUUGUUUGCUGGAAACAGGGGACAUGUUUUGAACAGAGUUUAAACUUGCCUAACCUGAAGCUGUGGAUUACUGGAUCACUUCUAAACCAAGGUUUUGAAUUCAUCAAAGCAUUCAGUUGAUUCUAUAAUGCAAUCUGAUUAAUACCGGGAUCUGUAUGUCAUUGAUUGUCCUCCUUUAUGUAUGUUUCAUAACUUCCAUGGAUACAAUUUUUAAUUCUAAAGUUGAUGAGUAAUAUUUAUAUUUUGAUUAUAA